AUGGCUGCGGCCGAAGAAGACGAGUUACCGCUGCCACGGCUACCCGAGCUGUUUGAUAUCAGCCGACAGCUUCUGGACGAAGUGGAAGUAACGACUGAGCCCACCGGCUCCCGGGAAGUCCAAGAGAAGGUCUCGAAAGGACUGCAGCACCUUAAGCAGGCCGCCGAAAUGUUAGCGCAGCUCGACUUGUUCAGCCGAAAUGAAGAUUUGGAAGAGAUUGCUUCCACCGACCUGAAGUACCUGAUGGUGCCAGCACUUCAAGGAGCCCUCGCCAUGAAACAAGGCAACUCCAGGAAGCGCUUAGAUCAUUUGCAAUGGGCUCGAGAACACUUUUUAAACUACUUAUCUCAGUGCCAGCACUAUCACGUGGCAGAGUUUGAGUUGCCCAAAACCAAAAACAACUCAGCUGAAAAUAACACAGCUAGUUCCUCCAUGGCCCAACCUAGCCUCGUUGCUAUGGCAUCUCAAAGACAGGCUAAAAUAGAGAGAUACAAGCAGAAGAAGGAGAUGGAGCAUAGGUUGUCUGAAAUGAAGUCUGCUGUGGAAAGUGGUGAAGCAGAUGAUGAGCAUGUUCGUGAGUAUUACCUCCUUCACCUUCGAAGGUGGAUUGGUAUCUGCUUAGAAGAGAUUGAGAGCAUUGACCAGGAGAUAAAUAUCCUGAGAGGAAAAGACUCUUCAAAAGAGGCAUCAACUUCUCACUCAUCUCGCCCGUCCAGGCCUCCAAUGAAACCCUUCAUUCUCACUCGGGAUGCAGCCCAAGCCAAAGUAUUUGGAGCUGGUUAUCCAAGUCUGGCAACUAUGACAGUGAAUGACUGGUAUGAGCAGCAUCAGAAGUUGGGAACUUUACCAGAUCGGGGAAUAGCCAGAACAACAUCAGAGGCCAAAAGAGCAGCUCAACAAGAAGAUCAAGAACAAAGGGAGGAAGAGGAUGAUGAGCAAACACUCCACCGAGCUCGGGAGUGGGAUGACUGGAAGGACACCCAUCCUAGGGGCUAUGGCAACCGAAAGAACAUGGGUUAG